AUGGCACACCGAGGAGCAGAGGAAGGCAGAUGGAGCAUCGUGCUCAGACCUUCACCUAUGAUCAGCCGACAGGUUCGUCAGUACCGUGUUGUGAAAGACAGUGGGCAGCCUGCCUACGUGAAGUACUGGAUGGAUUUCUACAGCGCUUUCUCCAACGACAGCGCAGCAGCCAGCGAGGAGCGUGCAAUCCAAGCAGAGAAGCUCGAAGGGGAAUUUAUGACAGCGCUCAGCGCCGCCGUCGAUGCGCUACCAAAACACACCCUCAACCUCACGCCGGUGCUAAGCGCGUGGGACGUUGCACUCAUCACCGACAGAGCGUUCUUCGUUACUGUUGGGGAGCUGUUCAAGAACUACACGAACAAGCAGAUUUUGGAGUUUCUCGGAUGGCAGUUCGUCCAGCAUUACGCACCAGUGGUGGACAGCAGAUUUUUGAUAUCUAAGUAUGGUGACAAUAGCACAGCCAUGAGCCUUCGAACUGCCUUCUGCAGCUACCACGUCGAGGUGCCGUACAGGGCGCUCAUUCUGUCCCUGCACUUUGCUUCCCAGAUAACAAACAGCGUUCAGCAAAUGAUCGACGACGGCUACAAGCGCCUUGUGUCGACGGCCGUUCGGUUCAUUAAUGACUCUACGUGGCUCGACUCUGAAAGUAGGACGGUCGCUGCCGAAAAGCUUGCAUCUGUCAAUUUGCGACUGUGGCCUCCCGCCGCAUUCGUCGACAGAGAAAAUUUGGCGAAGACAUUUCGGCACUUCCCACAUAUCAAAGCAGCGUUCGGGGAUUACUGGAUCAUGUCCACCGUAGAAAUGAUUCAUAUAGACAGGACGCCAGAAUACCAAGAAGUGCUCGACAUGCCGCUAAACUAUGCGCUGACCUACUUUGAUUAUGACUACGUGGGGAAAGCGGUUGGUGUCGCUAUCGGCGCGGUCGCCCCUCCUUUGUUCUACAGGAAAGGCACCAAGGCCAUAUUCUACGGAGGAUUCGGGUUCUCGGUGGCAUUCCAACUUGCGAAGGCCCUCGAUGAGGAGGGCAUUCGGUGGCAUCCAGAGGGGCGACUUGUGAAGUCAAUUGUGAACGCCUCCUCGCAGGAAGCCUUCGACGACAGGUACAGUUGCCUCGCCAGUGCCACCGCAGGUGACGAAACGUUGUUUCCCGAGAUACCGGCGCUGGAGAUUGCUUACACGGCGUUCCUCGAUGAGGUCGGUGAGCCUGACAGCACGAGGCACCUCAGCAAGCAGCUGAGCGAGUUGAAAGUGUUCUUUAUGACCAUAUGCCACAUGACUUGCACGCGCAGCGGCAUCACCAAACCUUUCUCGGCAAGCUGCAACAAACUCGUGCGCCACUCGUCGGCUUUUUCCAAAGCGUUCCGUUGCCCAGUAGGAUCGAAAAUGAACCCAAAAAAUAAGUCCACGUUUUUUUCCUGA